UACAGACUGUGCUCCUUUCUUUUAACAUAGCUUUAUCGUUUCAACCACAACGAACAUAUGCAAAUAACGCUUUGAAUCUUAGCGCAUUCUCAUAUUUUGACUGCGAAAUGGAGGGGACUAAUCACGUGCAAAACGUUGUAGAAUACGAUUUGUUUACAAACAACAACUUUGAGGGAAAGAGCUGUAAAGAAAUCGAGAUAUGUUUGCAGGACUUUUUGGACACAUGUAUGGUUCACUUAUCACCACUUCUAGUGGACUACAUUUGGCAGCGUGGAUCGUUUAAACUGACUCCUGUCAGUUCAGUUUCAGAUUCUCCACCACACCUGCAUGGUGCAACAGACUUUGGUGAUAAUAUUGAUGAUGAGUGGUUCAUUGUCUACCUUCUACAUCAGCUCACACUUGUCAUGCCGGAGCUGGUCAUAAGUGUUCAUGAUAAUGAUGGUGAAUUCCUACUGAUUGAGGCUGCGUAUCAUUUACCAAAGUGGCUGGAACCGGAGACUAGCAUCAACAGGGUCUUUAUAUACAGAGGGGAUCUGCACAUCAUUCCCAAGCCAAGCAACCCUGCAGAGCUAGCCUUCCUACCAGCCGGUAUUCCUUCUAAAUCACAUGCCAUAGACGUAGUCCGCAGUCAUUCUCAGAACACGCUUGCCAAGUUGACCAUCAGAGAAGCAGUCAGAGCAAGAGUUGAUGAAUUCCCUUCUAAAGUGCAAUCCAAUUUUCAUCAUACCCAUUGCCUGAUGCCAGCCAAGCUAGCUGCUAUACUGAAACACCAGCCAAGCUUGGUCUCACCGGCAGUUGAAGCGUUCUAUCACAGAGACCCACUUGAUUUGAAGGCCUGCAGGAUCAUGAAACAUUUUGGUCCAGAGGAUCUAGUGACAUCUCAGGUUAAGUUCACUCGCUGCUUGUACGCUCAGCUGGUUCAGCAGUCAUUUCAACCUGAUCGGAGGAGUGGCUGGAAGCUCCCAUCGCCCUCAAGUUCAAAGUUCAAGUCCGCUGAUCUUGGCAUGAAACUGGCCCAUGGUUUCGAGAUUCUUUGCUCUCAUUGCCAUGGCAACAAGAAAGAUGCUGACACUAAUAGCACCACUCCACCGGAGCCUGAAGAUCUAGCAACCGGAGCGAGAUGGGAGAAAUUUCUCCACAGUCUGACAGAGAAAGGCUUCUUUAGGGGUGAGCUGAAAGGUUCCAAGCUGUACAAGGAGUUAUUAAAGUCUGCCAAACAGUUUUAUGCCGACAUGGUCAAUGGAAAUGAACAGACCUGCCAGUCAUGGUUUGGUGAACCAGGUCAACAGAUCAUGAGUCUUCUUGACAGGGUCCAUUGUGACAUCACUCAGCUGAAGAAGGAAGAAAAGAAUCUACCACCGCCUGACAGUGAUGGUUGGAUGGAACUCGGCAUCGAGGAACUGGACGACAUGAUCGCCAAGGCUGCUGGGAAGGCUCCACGAUCAGCUCCAGCAGGUAGCAAGCCCAAAGCUGACAGAGGUCAAAGGUCAGAAGGUCAUCCCGACGAGGUGAACUUUGACCCAGGUCAGGUGACAGAGUCUCUGAAGUCCUUCGUGGAUGCGAUCUCGGGACUGAAAGGGGUGGAGUUCCCAGCAGACGGGGGCAGGAUGGGAGAUAUAGAUUUCAACCCGGAUGAGUUUGAGCAGGCCAUGAGAAACAUCCUAGAUUUCCGCGAGCCGAACACAGCCGAUGACUCUGACUCGGAUUCUGAUUUAAUGAGAGACAGAGAUUACCAAUCAGGAGAUGACACAGAUGAUGAUGAGGAGGCUGCUGAAGAAUCAGGUAGUUGCCAUGAUGAUGAACAGAUACGAGAGCUCAUGGAUCAGAUGGAUCGAGAGCUUGCUAGGACAGAGGUCGGCAAGAGCUUUGAGAGAGAAGGCGUGGUGGAGGAUGAUACUGAGACUCGCCCAACAAUAGAACAGCCCAGCAAUCAGAAUGGCACGGCCACCCAUGGACCAUCCCACUCCACAAGAGGGGGAAAUGAUGAAGAGCUGAGGGAAGAUGAUGAGUACAAACCAGUAGAAGUGGAUGUAAAUCUUUUGAAGAACAUUCUAGAGUCCUACAGCUCACAGCAGGGACUAGCUGGACCGGCAUCUAACAUCCUUCAUUCUAUGGGGGUCCAUGUUCCCAUCAAUGCUGAUGAUGAUGAAAACAGAUGACCCUAGUUCUUGAUCAGAACACUUUGAAGAACAUUCUAGAGUCCUACAGCUCACAGCAGGGACUACCUGGACCGGCAUCCAACAUCCGUCAUUCCAUGGGUUCAGCGUUCCUGUCGAUGCUGAAGAUGAUAAUGGAGACAGAUGACCCUCGUUCUUGGUCAGAACAUUGUAUGUUAGUAUCAGGCUGCUGGAAAUAUACUAGGAGGAAUGAAUUUCUAUCUGUAUUUGAGGAUUUUAUACCUUGACAGCUGUACUUCCCAUUUGUUGAAC